GUAAUCAGUUAUUUGUGUCGUUUUACUUAUAGGGGUAUCUGUUACUUGAUGGUCUUGUCCGAAGUUCCGAACUGCUUGCGGAGGUAGCGUAGCAGGCUAGCAGCAACACUCUCAACAGUCUCAAGAAUGGCGAGCGGCAUGAGCCAGACCAGUAUUGCUCAGAAAAAUUGGGAGUUAACCAAUAAUAUUGCAUCUGUCAAUACUCUCGAUGAAAUAUAUCAGUAUGAUCCGAAGCAGCAGCAAGAAAUUUUAGAUGCCAAGCCGUGGGACAAAGACCCAUAUUUCUUCAAGUCCAUCAAGAUUUCAGCUCUGGCUCUCUUGAAAAUGGUCAUGCAUGCUCGAUCAGGUGGCAAUUUGGAGGUGAUGGGAAUGAUGCUGGGCAAGGUUGAUGGUGCUACCAUGAUUGUGAUGGAUGUUUUUGCUCUUCCCGUGGAAGGCACCGAGACUCGUGUCAAUGCACAAAGUCAAGCCUACGAAUACAUGAGCACCUACGUCAAUGCAGCUAAACAGGUCGGUCGUCAGGAGAAUGUGAUAGGCUGGUAUCACAGCCACCCUGGCUAUGGUUGUUGGCUGUCAGGUAUUGAUGUUAGCACUCAGCUGCUAAACCAAAGCUAUCAAGAACCCUUUGUAGCCAUUGUCAUUGAUCCCAUCAGAACCAUGAGUUCUGGUAAAGUCAACAUUGGAGCUUUCCGUACAUAUCCCAAGGGCUACAAGCCUCCUGAUGAUGGGCCGUCCGAGUAUCAGACCAUCCCGCUGCACAAAAUAGAAGACUUUGGCGUACACUGUAACCAGUACUACUCGCUGGAAGUCAACUACUUCAAGUCUGCGCUUGACAAGCGUCUGCUGGACUCACUCUGGAAUAAAUAUUGGGUCAAUACCCUCAGCUCUUCAUCUCUGCUCACGAACGCCGAGUACACGACUCAGCAGAUCGUGGACCUCAGCGACAAGUUAGAGACAUCCGAGCCCGUGAGCUGCCGGGCGCUUAUCGGCCAAGUGGACGCUGGCGAUCGUAAAGGAGAAGACAAGCUCAGUCGUGUGACGCGGGAUUCCUGCAAGACAACCAUGGAGGUCUUGCACGGACUUAUGGCGCAGGUUAUCAAGGAUAGAAUCUUCAAUCAAGUCCUCAAGGUCAAUCCCUGCGCCACUGAAGCUGAUCCUAAAAGCAUGGAUGAUGUCCCUAUGGAGGAAAAAUCUGCUCAGACUUGAACUCGAUUCUUGGAAUUAUUUUGAAUAUCCAUCUUCGAUCGUUUUUAGAAUUUACAGCCAUUAAAGGUGAUUUCCUAGAUCAUCCUCUAUGACGGGGCCCGGAUCAUCCUAUAUGUAGGUACUUUUAUUUACGUGAUCCCUACUUUUGGUUAGGCUCGGAUUAAUGUGUUUUCUCGUUGAAUUCAGUCUGGUAUCGUUAGCAUUUAGUUUGGCUUACCUUUUAGCAGCAAAAUAGUUUAAUCCGUAAAGUUCAAUCAAUAUCAUUUCGAAAUAGUUAUGAUUUCUUCUCCUGUAGAAAAUCCAUAUUAAAUAACUUCAAGAAAAGUAUUCAAAUUGUCGAUUGAUAUCCCUUCUACAAUUCAUAAUUUUGUUAUCUUCAUGACAAUCUGUGUAUUCUUAUUCACUACACUGUUGGCUAUACAAGUUAAGAAAAAAGGAAACGGUA